ACAUUACUUUCUUUUGUGAAAGUGUCUUCUAAAAAAAACAAUGAAACAGUUAAAACUUACAGGUUUUGUUUUUUUCUUGUUCUUUGUGACUGAAUCCCUAACCCUGCCUGCAAAGCCUCAGGAUGUAGAUUACUUCACCAGUACCCAGAAAUAUAUAGAAGAGAACGUUGAAUACAUCACCAUCAUUGCAUUUGCUCAAUAUGUGCAGGAAGCAACCUUUGAAGAAAUGGAAAUGUUGACAAAAGACAUGAAAGAAUACAGAGAUAGAUGUCUGGCUGACAGGACACUCCCAGAGUGUGCAAAAUUAGUUAAUAAUGUUUUGCAGGAAAGAUUUUGUGCUAUGGAGGGGCUGCCACAAAAAUAUAAUUUUUCACAUUGCUGCAGUAAGGCUGACUUUGAAAGAAGACUCUGUUUCUUCUUUAACAAGAAAGCUGAUGUGGAAUUUCUGCCUCCUUUCCCUACCUGGGAUCCUGAAGAAAAAUGCCAGGCUUAUAAAAAUAACAGAGAAUCUUUUCUAAAUCACUACAUGUAUGAAGUUGCCAGAAGGUACCCCUUUGUCUUUGCCACUACACUUCUGACUGUUGCUACUCGUUUUGAGGAGGUGGCCAAACCAUGUUGUGAAGAGCAAUACAGAGUCGACUGCUUUCAGACAAGGGUAGCACCUGUCACACAGUAUUUAAAAACAUGGUCUUCUUAUUCAAAAAAUGUCUGUGGGGCAUAUUUUAAAUUUGGACCCAAAGUCUUAAACUCUAUAAAUGUUGCUACACUCAGUCAAAGCUUACCCAAGAUGAACUUUAAGGACCUUACUUCCCUUGUAGAAGUUGUUUCUUCUAUCUAUGAUGGAUGCUGUGAGGGGGAUGUUGUGCAGUGCAUCCGUGACAUGAACAAGUUUAUGAGCCAUCUUUGUUCAAAACCAGUUUCCAACUCCAGCAAAAUCAAAGAGUGUUGUGAAAAGAAACCUCUAGAGCGCGAUGAAUGCAUAAUGAACACAAGUAAAGAGGAUAGAACAAAGGAUUUAUCUCUAAGAGAAGCAAAAUUUACUGACAGCAAAAAUGUGUGUCAAGAACGAGAUACUGACCCAGACAACUUCUUUACUGAGUUUACUUAUGAAUACUCAAGGAGACAUUCAGACCUGUCUAUACCACAACUUUUAAGAAUUACUAAUGUAUACAAGGAUCUUCUGCAAAAUUGCUGCAAAACAGAAAACCCUCCAGAUUGUUACCGUCAUGCGGAAGACAAAUUCAAUGAGACAACCGAGAAAAGCCUCAAGAUGGUACAACAAGAAUGUAAACGUUUCCGGAAUCUAGGGAAAGAUGGCUUGAAAUAUCACUACCUAAUGAGUCUCACAAAGAUAGCCCCCCAACUAUCCACUGAAGAACUGAUGUUUCUUGCCAAGAGAAUGGUGAUGGCUUUGACUACCUGCUGCACACAAAGUGGAGAGUUUGCUUGUGUUGAUAAUUUGGUGGAUUCAGCUCUUGGAGAACUAUGUGGGGUAAAUUUAAAUCGAACUAUCAACCCUGCUGUGGACCGCUGUUGCAGAACAAACUUUGCCUUCAGAACGCCCUGCUUUAAGGAUUUGAAAACUGAUAAAACAUACGUGCCUCCACCCACCAGUCAAGAUUUAUUUACCUUUCACACUGACCUGUGUCAGGCCCAGAAUGAAGAGCUUCAGAGAAAGAAAGACAGGUUUCUUGUCAACCUAGUGAAGCGGAAGCCUGGACUGACAGAUGAGAAGCUGCUGACUUUGUUUACAAAUGUCACUCUUGUGGUGGAGAAGUGCUGCAAAGCUGAGGGCCCUGAGGCCUGCUUUAAUGAAGAGGGUCCAAAAAUUGACAACUGAUGUCGUGUUGCUUGAGAAACACAAAGUAAAAAGCACCAAAGGUAAGGUUCCUAUCUGUGCUGUGGUGACUUUUAUUUCCUGA